ACCAUUUGAAUGACAACCGCCGCGGCGCGCGGCAGUUGCUGCGUUGACAGGAGGAGAGAAGCGGAGAGAGGCCGUGAGCGGAGAUGUUUUUCUCGGCGUGGCUCCGCCGCAGGUGGUGCAGGAGAGCGUGCGGGGCGGCUUUAAUCGAGGCAGCCGGCCCGCUGAGGCCUCCUCCUCCGCAUUGGGCGGCGGCGGCGGCGAUGACUUUGAGACCCGUGUCCACCACCCGGCCCGCGGGCUCCGGGCCCAAGCGGGCGGCGCUGAAGCGCUGGACGCUGCUGGUCGACCCCUUCGGGUCGCUGAAGGUCCGCCUGCCGUGCGACGUGUCGGUCAAAGCGCUGGAUCCGCACGGCUACCCUUCGGCCGACAGGGCCUUCGUGGCCGUCACCUGUGCCGCCGGCCGGAGCACAAGCCGCAGCCCCGACGACGGGCUGACGGUCGAGUACGACGAGACGCUCAAGCGGAUGGUUGUGGGCUCGGACACCCUCCCCGGUGACGUGCGAGUGGACGUGGUGGUCCCCCUAAAGUUUGACCUGGAUAUUGGUACCUCUCAUAAAGGAUGUGUUAAAAUUAAAAACAUGGAGUGUGAUAAUUGCCAGGUGGACACUGAGAAUGGGACUACCAUCUUGAAUUCAUUAAAGGCCAAUACUGUUAAAGUGCAUAGCAGAGGAGGGAAAGUGAUCUGCCUUGGAACAAUCUAUGGGAACGUGGAUAUACAGACAUCUAAUAAUGUAGAAAUUAAUAAGCUUCAAGGAUCAACAAUGAAUAUUUUGACCACAGAUGGUGCACUGAAAACAAAGUAUAUUUAUGCUGAAUCUUCACAUCUGUCCUCUUCCAUUGGUAACAUUGAACUUGGAAGUAUUCAUGGAAAUGUAACUGUUCAGACCAACGCAGGCACUAUUAAAAUAGGUUCCUCAGAUGGAUGUCUAAAGGCCUCCACACAACAGGGUGACCUAGAUGUUUACAUCAGCCAGCUAGAGGCUGUGGAUCUCUUUUCGCAGGAUGGUUCUAUCGCAUUAAAAGUACCCAUUUCCCUAAAAGCUGAGCUGAAGCUUUCUGGUGCCAAGGUAGAGGUCAGUCCUGAGAUUCAUCUGCAGAAUAUUCAAAGCAAUACAGACCAAGGUCACCAAACUAUUCACGCUUUUCUUAACAGUGAAGGAGGCAGUAACCCUUUGAUCAAGGCUCAUGCAGGACGUGGAAUGCUCAACUUGAAAAGUCAGACCUGGAUUGAUUCUCUCAAUCUAAAGCUUGUGUAAAGAAUCUUUACAAUAAUGAAGAACGGUUAUUUUGGUUAUGGAACAGAGGCUGAAUUUUGGUUCUGUCUAUAAUUGUUGGGUACUCAAUUGUCCUUUUUUUAUUGAAACCACUAAUAAUUGACAGAAAAGAGAAUGAGAUUGAAGGAGUUUCAGAGGUUGGAGACAUGGAAUCUGAAGCGAAUAAUGUUAAUACUUCUCAUCUUGAAUGUGACAGUAAUCUUAUUAAGUCUGGGGCAGAGGUAUGAUUGAUCACGAAUAUCCUUAUUCAUUGAUAAUUCUUGACUUUAUAUUAAAAUUGUUAAUACAAAUAACUAAUAAAAAGAUGUUUAAAAAAAUCUUCGUUCCCUCUAUUUUAUCGCCCCUUCUUCGGACCAAAAGAACUGAGUUUGCCUUAUCGUAACCACAGCAUUGUAAUACGUUUUCAAGUAAACUUGUGUUGAAUUUUUCUAAAAGUACAAAGAUAAAGUUAAGGAAAAGUAAUAUCCA